UCGCUGCGUCAUCGACUAGCAGUCUAACCUCAAAACUUAUCACGUGCAUUUUCUAACGUAUUGUUUCUUUCAAGUGAGACUAGUUUAUAGUUAAAAAUGACAAAUAAACGCAAACACAAAACACUAGAUUUAAUUAAUAAAAUGGAGAUUUUAAAAAAGUUAGAUAGCGGACAAAACAUGUGUAAAUUGGCAAAAGAAUAUGGUGUUGGGCGUGCUACUAUACAUGAUCUUAAGAAGAAAAGGCAAAAGAUAGUAGACCACGUCAAGACAAUGGAGUCAGGGCCAGGAAAUCGUAAAACACUAAAAGUUGGCAAUUGUCCAAAGAUGGAAAACGCUCUUUACUUGUGGUUCAUACAGCAGCGUUCUAAACACACUCCUAUAUCUGGAGAAAAUCUGAAAGCCAAAGCAAUUGAAUUUUAUAAAAAAAUUACCCACAAAGAUGAUUUUCGUGCCAGCGAUGGAUGGCUAGAUAAAUUUAAAAAACGAUUUGGUAUCCGUCUAUUAACCAUAUCGGGUGAGAAAUUAUCAAGCAACGAAUCUGCAGUGAAGCCAUUUAUCGAGCUUUUUAAAAACAAAGUAGAAGAACUGGGUCUUCUUCCUGACCAAAUCUAUAACGCAGACGAGAGUGGUCUGUUCUGGAGACUGUUGCCCAAUAAAACAUUUGUCUCUUCUCAAGAAGCAAGUGCACCAGGUCGUAAUGUGAGUAAAGAUAGGAUCAUAUUCAUGCCGUGUUCAAAUGCUACUGGAACCCACAAAUUGGAUUUGUUAGUGAUUGGCAAAGCGAAAAACCCCAGAGCUUUCAAGAACAUUUGUCUGCCAGUCUGCUACAAGAAUCAAAUGAAAAGUUGGGUCACGAGAGAGGUAUUUAGUGAAUGGUUUCAUAAAGACUUUGUCCCAGAAGUCAAGAAGUUUAUGAAAAGAUCAAACUUGCCCAUAAAAGCUUUACUCGUACUUGGCAAUGUUCCAGGCCACUCAAAUGAAGACCUUAAAUCAAGUGAUGGGAAUAUCCAAACCAUCUUCCUACCACCAAACUGCACACCUUUACUGCAGCCAAUGGAUCAAAAUGUAAUUCAAAAAAUAAAGUCUUUGUAUAAAAAUAAAUUACUGAUCCAUAUUAUAUCUCAGAAUGGUGAUAUAACGCAGAGCCUUAAAGGAUUGAAUUUGAAGGAUGUUGUAUUCUCUCUCGCUCAUGCUUGGAGGUCUGUUUCUCCUAGCCUAAUCCAAUCUUCAUGGAAAAAGUUGUGGCCUACAAUGAAUGAUGUUUCAGAAACAGAAGAAACAGAUGAAUGGGAUCCUGAGGAUAAUGUGUCUAUUGCCGAUUGGUUACAAAAUCUAUCAGAAAAAGGGUUGGAGACGAGUGAAGAAAAUUUGAUUUCUUGGUUUGAAGGAAUCGAAGAAACAGAGGAAAUUAUGACUGAUGAAGAAAUUGUAUGUGAAGCAGUACAAGAAGAAAGCUCUGUAGAAAUAUUGGAACCACCAACUGCUGUAAGGGUUAAACCAGAUGAUGCAUUGAUUUGUUUCAAUACCUGCAUAACAUGGGCAGAAGAAAACGGCAUGUCUGCCAAAGAUAUUAUAAUUCUUCGCAAUAUGCGAGAAAAGGUUUUUAAGCAAGGACUACAAGUUGCACAAAAGCAGACCUCAAUUAAGGAUUAUUUCAAAACUAGUUAAUUACAUAUGUGCCUACAUGUUAAUUCAAUUGUUCCAUAAUACAUUACAUACAUUUAUUCUCUCUAUGAAAUGCUUUAUUUCAUUUAUUACCGAUGACUUUUUCAGUAUAACCCAGUAAUCCGAACAUUCCAAUAAUCCGGCACACUCCGGUUUUUAAUAGUGCCGGAUUAGUGAGAUUACACUGUAACUACAUAGUCAGAUAAUGUGCACAAUUAUAAG